AUGCUCUCACGUGUUGCUGCAGUGAAGACUACCCGCACAGAAAACCGUCGCCGCGUGACCGGAUCCAGCGGAAGGAGGAGGGAAGGAAGAGAGUGUGAGCUGCAGAGGCCCAACAUGUCCCGGCGUGUGUUUAAUUCCUCGGUGUUGCUCCUCCUCGUCGUGCUGAUGUGCUGCAGUACUUGUGGAGCUGCGCAAGGUGAUGUGGAGCCGUCGUCUGAUCCGAAGUUUGAAUGGAAGGACGCUAAUGAGGAGGGCGUAAGUGUGAAAUCGUUGGGUGUUCCCGGCCUUUUGAAAGUGGGGAGUGACGUAUUUGCCGUUGCUGAGGCGCAGUGCAAGAAGGAUGUAGAAGAUACCUUUACUGGCAUUGCAUCCCAACUUCUCACGAACACAGCAGAUAACAAACCGGAGGAAGUGCUUAAGAAUGCCAGAGUGAUACGAGUUCUGGAGGAAGUCGCUACCACAAGCAAGAAGGUAGAUGUGAGCCGGCCAACAACAGUUGUGCAGGGAAAUGAUAUUUACAUGCUUGUUGGGAAAUACAGUCCUACAGCUGCCACUGGUAAAGAGGAUGGCGAAGCAGACGACUCGGGGCUUUUGCUGGUGAAAGGGAACGUCAGUGCUGAAGCACCUAAUAAAAAAAUUGACUGGAAAAGUACUGAAAGUCUCCCGCGAGGAAUUUUUGUCACACAACUUGAAUCCUUGACAGGACUGAUUGGAGGCGGCGGAUCGGGUGUUAAGAUGUAUGAUGGUACGCUUUUGUUCCCGCUGGAAGUCACGAAAAAGAAGAACGAUGAAACAGAAAAGGAAGUGAAAACUGCUUCCCUAAUCAUACACAACUUGGCAGCUACUCCGAGUUGGAAGCUGUCGAAGGGGAUGUCUGCCGAUGGCUGCAGUGAUCCCUCCGUCGUGGAGUGGAAGGACAAACUCAUGAUGAUGACUGCGUGUGGUGAUGGCCGCCGCAGGGUGUACGAGUCCGGUGACAAGGGGGAUUCGUGGACGGAGGCACUCGGGACACUCUCGCGCGUGUGGGGCAGCAAACAGGAGGGAGAAGGGAAGGCCGUUGGGAGCGGGUUCACCACAGCGACUUUUGUUGAUGGAGGUGAGCAGAGGAAUGUGAUGCUCGUUACUCUGCCGGUGUAUGCCAAAGAAAAAGAAAAGGGUGAACUCCAUCUUUGGCUGACGGACAAUACGCACAUUGUUGAUAUUGGGCCGGUAUCCGGGAAGGACGAUGACGUUGCUGCCAGCGCCCUGUUGUACAAAAGUGUUGAAGGUGAAACUGAUGAGGAGAAGGAGGAGUUGAUUGCACUGUACGAGAAGAGGAAGGUCGAUGGGGGGAAACCAUCAAACAGUCUUUGGUCUGUGCGUCUGACUGAGCAGCUGCAGCGGGUGAAGGAGGUGCUGACGACGUGGAAGAAAGUGGACGAACGUGUCUUCCAGCUGUGCCCUUCUGAGAGUGCUCUGGAGGACACCCCAACUGAAAGUGCCUGCAAAAACAUUAAGAUCACGGCUGGGCUGGUUGGCUUUUUGUCCGGCAACUUCUCUGAUAAGACAUGGAGGGACGAGUACCUCGGGGUGAACGCCACAGUGAAGAAGGGAACGAAAGAAGGAGCGUCAGCAGAGAAAGCAGAGACUGCAGGGUCUUCCGAUGGUGUGACGUUCCGGGGAGCGUGGGCGGAGUGGCCCGUUGGCAAGCAGGGGGAGAAUCAGCUGUACCACUUUGCGAACUACAACUUCACUCUUGUGGCGACGGUGUCCAUCGACGGUGAGCCGACGGGAGAUACCCCCAUUCCUUUGAUGGGUGCGCGUUGGGAAGACCAAAGUAAUCCAGUACUCCUGGGACUGUCGUACAACAACAAAGAGAAAAAGUGGAUAUUAUUGUGUGGUGACGGACAGAACAAGGGGCAGAGCAGCACUUGGGAGACACGGACGGAUAGUACACGGUACCAAGUGGCCAUUGUGCUGCAGAACGGCACUCAGGGCUCCGCGUACGUCGAUGGUCAGCGUGUGGGAGAUGUGCAAUGCCAACUGGAAAGUGAGGAAGAUAAAAAGAUCUCCCACUUCUACAUUGGAGGGGACGGAAGCAACACAGAGGGCCAAGGAGGCGUGUCUGUGACUGUGAGGAACGUCCUGCUGUACAACCGCCCGUUGGAUGGCAAUGAGAUUACUGCUCUUGAUGCAAUUAAAGCCCCGAUUACGCCUCCGAAGGAAACAAGUGCGCAGGAAAUUGUGUUGCCUUCUCCUGGCAGAACACUGCAUGCGGGACAGGAAGCUUUGAAUGGAGGUGAAGGUGCUGCCGGUGUAAGUGCAUCCCCAUCAGCAGUGUUCGCUUCAACGACUUCCUCAGGAAGUGGGCAAUCGGUGAACCAACUCGCGCCAGGAAAGCCUCCCGAUGGAAAUGCAGAUGUGGAUGUCUCUCCCUCGUCUAGCGGUAACCCGACGUUGGGGGAGGGGAGUGCAGAUACGAUACAGGGGGAUGGACCGCACACACCUUCCGUGGGUAAUACCGCCGCCGCCGCAGAUACAAACUUUCUUACCGCUGAAACCGUGGGGCACGAUGGACCCGCAUUGACAGCUGAUGUGAGCGCGAGCUCUGGUGCGGAUGGGGAGGCGGCAGGAGGAACGGAUGGGCAGGAGGAGGGAAUCCAUCCGCAGGACAGGGAAGUAAAUGCCACGGCCCUCAGCAGCAGCCUCGGAAAUUCGUCGCAGGGGAAUAACAGCGAUGCGUGUACUGUGCGUGAGACUGGACUGCUGCCAUCGCUGCUCCUUCUGUUGGGACUGUGGGGGUUUGCGGCUGCGUGA